CCCUCUCCAACGUCGCCAGCGUUGUCGCUCACGACGAGCUCACCCACACCGACACCGACGGUGCUCGGGUCGCGGUCGUGGUCGUGCCCGUACGACGAUGCUCCAGUUGCAGCUCGUGCAGUCCGCCUCUUCUGCGUACGCGCCCUCCAUGUCUGCCAGCCCUCGCCCGACGAGCCCAGUGAGCUCCUCCGCGCCGGCCGCACGCUCCAACCGCGUCUCUUCGAUACAACAGCAGGACUCGGAGUCGGUUCGCAGGCAGAGCAGGCUCCCGGAGCUGCUCACGCGUAAGCGUACCGCCUCAAUGCCGCACAGGAAGGAUAGGGAUGGUCAACCAGAUCCAUUCACAGCGCAUCCAACGGGCUCAUCCUCGUUCGUCACCUACGAGUCGACGACAUCUCCUAGCGCACCUUCAGUCCACUCCAUGUCUACGACAUCACCGUCGGCGCCACAACCGAGUCCUCUUACUGGCCUGCCCAAACGCGCGCGUGGGAGUAUGCUCCUGACUUCGGGCAUCUCGCUGCCGUUCUCGCGCUCGCGCAGCAAAUUCAAGAAAAGCCGCCUUCCCCCGCCACCCACGUCGUUUCUAUUCUCCGAGGUGAUAGAAAUAUCAGCUCCGCCACCACCACCACCAGAAGAGGAUGAAGAUCGCGAAAGGCUACGGGACGCAGCGGCCCAGUCAAUAGGAUUGGACCCUGUAUUGCUGGAAGAACGUGAGAGCACGUCGUCGCGUUCACAUACGCGCUCGUUCUCCCUGUCACAGGCGCAGUCGGAACGAUCCAGGUCGCGAUCGCGCUCACGGUCAAGGUCGCGUUCGUUGUCACCAGCAAGGACGCGCGCCCGCGCAGGUUCACGAGCCGGUGUAGAGACGCCCUCGGCAAGCACAUUGCCGCCGUUUCCGGCCACACAAACCGCCCUUAGACCCUGGGUGCAGCGGUCUUCGAAAGUGGCGAAGCACCAUCCUCCGUCUUCGUUGCUCCUCUUUGCACUUUCCAAACAAUGGAAGUCGCGAAUACUAGUUCUCACGUCUUCGCCGUCGGCGGCUUCGGGCCCGCGUACACAGACCACUUCUUUCUCGUCGCAUCCUCCGCCCUUCUCGAGCCAUUCCUUCUCGGCAUCCCAGCACGUGGCCCAUCUCCAUGUCUUCAAAUCCGCCAGUGGCGAUGACAAGGAGCUCGAGCGUGUGGAGAUCGGUGCUGACAGCGUGGUCUUCGUGAACGAGGAGGAGAUCGGUGGGCGGCGAGGUGUUGUAAAGGUUGGCGGCGUUGGCGGUGUUGAGAUGACACUGUCAAUGGUGGACCAGAAUGAGGCCCACAACUGGAUCACUGCCAUCAAGCAAGCGGUGCUCAGCGAAAGAUCGGUUCGCGCCGGAUUGGGUGCAGUAACGCACAGCAAUGGGGUCGAGCCCCGGGGCGACAUCGACGUCAUGCUGUCUAUGCGGGCGCAGGGAUUGUUCAAUGCGCCUGCGCCGAUAGUCACCUCGGGCACUACAUCUACGGUGCAGUCGUACAGCAGUGCAACCUCGCCGACCGCCACAUCUUCACCUACCCCCUCAUUACGAUCCGCGUCUCCUCAACACAAUCGCCCACCCUCCGUGGCUGUCUCGGCAUUGCGAGGUUUAUUCGGAGGCAAUCGACCACGGUCGCCGUCUGGCGCAACUCUCGACACAUCGUUCAGCUCCAUAUCGGAACACGGCAGCGGCGCCGAGACGCCUCCACUAGAGGACGCGUCAUUCGGCCGUGCAGGUACGAGCCUACUCGGCAUGUUGCGUUCCAACAGUAUAUCCAGUGAGCGGCCAAUGUCGCCUACGACUCCGAUGUCAUCCAGUCCAACCACGCCACGGGUUGGGAGUACGGCGCCUGCCGACUUGCCCAUACAGAUGGGUCUUAUUACCCCGACAUCCCCGGUGCCUACGCUAGACCAGAAGAUCUUGCAGGAUAAGGAUCGCGAGAGCCUGCUGCCAUCCAUUUCGCGGAACGGGAUCUCUGGCCUAGGCUUGACUGGCGUGAAUGGACAUGCCAAUGGGGCCGUGUUACGAUUCAACGGCAGCUCCGGACUGCCUCCGUUCGGCGGCUCGCCAUCACUUCAUCCCCCACCACGACGAAGAGCAUGGACCGCCAGUGGACCGCCGCCGACCAGCCGGAUGAGUAGUGAGCGCAACGGAUUCUCGUACACUCAUGGCAACGCCAGUGCUGCGGAAACCCUCGGAGUCAGACACAACGGCAGCGCGUUCUUGUCGCCGACGGCGUCUUCCCCCGCGUCUGCCUCCGCGUCGCCUUCGCCGGCAUCCCCGUCCUCGACUUCUAGCCCCAAGCUCACACCCAGCCCAAGUCUCAGCCCAAGUACUACCGCGAGUGCAAAUGGUGUGGGUUCGCCCGGGUCGCACCGUGCAUCGCAGGAUGGGCGUCCGCGGUCGUCAUGGUCAUCGGUGUCUUCGCUCGGAUCGAACGAGCAGCCCCAGCAGCACGUACCACGGACGUCGUUCGACUUCGGACCGAAGCGCUGGUCACGCCAGGCAAUGCUCCCGAAGCGGUCGACUCCUCCGAGCGGGCCGCCUCCCGCCACACCUCCGUCUGCUCCCACACCUCUGCCCUCGUCGCCAGGCCGUUCGUCACUGCACCAGCAACAACGGCAUCCGUACGCAGCGGACACCCCGCCAAGUCGCUCGCCAUCGCAGCGCUCGGCGCACAGUCCGCAGAGCAUUAUGUCCAGCUUUCAGAACUUCUCAAAGCGGGCGUCGGGCUCGUCGGCGCGCAGUGACAGCACGGUCAGUACGACGCAGAGUCGUACCGGGAGCAGUUUCUUGGGAAACACCCUAGCGCCACCUCAGCAUUCCCCGUCGCACGUGAGACCGAGAUCGUCGCAUCGAGUCUCCUCGCCACCUCCCCAGCGGCCGGUACCCAGCAUGGCACUGCCACCGACACCCAGACCCAAUAUCGACGAGUUUGGGCAGAGCGAGCUCCAGAUGCUGCCGCCACCCGAGGCCCCGCGCACGGUUCGGGCCUCUGGGUACCCCUCGCGCCCGCCACAUUCCGCCCCUGCGAUGAAGACGACUUUCAAGGAGACUUUCACGCUGCGGGCUGGCCGCUUCUCCCUGAUACCGCCGACGUCGCCGCCAUCGUCUGCGCUUCCACCGCGACCAGACGAGGUACAGGUGCCAAGUAGUCCGCGCCUCUCGCACUCACAUCGCCGUAGUAUGAGCAACGGCAGCCCCGUGCUUCCCACUAUCCCUGCGUCGCCCAUCCCACCCGACCCUCCACAAUCCCCAUUCAACGAGGCUCCUCCCCCGCCGAUCGCUCAGCAGUCUACGUCUGCGUCCACAUCUACGUCGUCCUCCCUCACCUCCCGCCCCACUCUCCUCAUCAAGCGCCGCCUACGCAUGCUCAGCGCGCCCUCCCCCGUGCCACCUCCCUCGAACCCGCUGCCCCAGCCUCCCUCCCCGGCGCCCUCGACGAUCAAUCCGUACUCCCUCCCUCCAACGCCUAUCGGCGAGCCGAUCAUCACGUUCCAAAACGACCCGAGCUUCUUCCUCAUGCUGUCGACGCCGCCGCAGACGCCCCUGUCCCCCACACUGGACAUGCGCACGCGCGUGCUGCCCCCGCCCCCAGAGCAGUCGCCGGACAUGCGCGGGAUUACGUCACUCUCGCCGCCACCCCGGCGCGGGUCGAAGCAGAUCUCCGUGCAGUACGAGGACGUCGAGGACGAGGACGAGCGCGCGGGCGUGCGGCAGAGCAUCGACGACGGCGCCGGGGACUCGCCGAUCCGCAAGCCGCUUUCACUUUCGCCGCACCUUUCACCGCACCAGUCGGUCGCGUCGCUGGAAGACGCGUGUAUAUAGAUUCCGUCUUUCGCUAUCGCUUUCGUCGUUCGCUUCGCUUCGUCUCACUCUAUACUUGAACCCCCUCCGCACUCCUCAAUCCCC